AUGAACUGGCAUAUGAUAAUCUCUGGGCUUACAGUAGUGGUGCUUAAGAUUGUUGGAAUGACCUUAUUUCUGCUUUAUUUCCCACAGAUUUUUGGCGAAAAUAAUAUCAUCUUCAUUCCCACAGAGAGCUCUGGAACAGUUCCACAGAUUUUGGGGAAUGGCACUGUCAGCUUCACUCCAACUGAGAGCUACGGAACAGUCUGCCCCAAGGGGUGGGAUUUUCAUCAAGGAAGAUGUUUUUUCUUGUCCAAAUCGGAAUUGUCUUGGAACAAGAGCAUGAACUUUUGCAAAGAAAAAGGAUCCACGUUGGCCAUUGUCAACACGCCAGAGAAACUGAAAUUUCUCCAGGACAUAACUGGUGCUGAGAAGUAUUUUAUUGGCUUAUUAUACCAGCCUGUAGACAAAAAGUGGCGCUGGAUCAACAACGCUGAGUUUAACAACAUCAUUACCAAUCCGAUUCAGAAUUUCCACUGCGUGACCAUAGGCCUAACAAAGACAUAUGAUGCUGCUUCAUGUAACAUUACCUACCGCUGGAUCUGUGAGAAGAAGGCCCAAUGA